CGACAAUCUGUACUGUGACUGAAUCGUUCAUCAUUCCACUGACAGUGAAUGCUAAAGCAACACCCAGAAUUCCUCCUCUUUUAAGUGCCAGCGAGUUUUGCUUCGCGGAAUUGCUUCAAAUACGCAUUAUCAUCUACUCAAAAUCAUUGGCUGUGCAAUCGCCAAUUACGCUCAGAGCGUGAUUACGAUUACCAUUCUUUUCGAUCAGCAUCUCGUUCAAUUUCACACACUCUAACCAUGGGAGGAAGACGACGCGAGCGAAUAACACGGUGUAUCAGUGUUCUCCAGACAGGGCAGCAUGAUGUGGCUACCAAGCCGAUCGAUCCCGCCGUUGAGGAACGGCAUUUAAUCCUUUUUCAAAAUUCUCCACACUACGAGUCGUCUUCCUCGUUGGCGCGAAGUGAUUCGACUACGACCACAGAUCACAUUCUCGAUCGCAUACAGUUCAAGAACGACAGAAAGACUGUUUCCUUCGCUAGCAUUGAGAUUCGCAACUACAGCAUUGUGUUUGGUGAUCACCCCUACUGCAACGAUGGGUUACCACUCAGUCUCGGUUGGGACUUUGACGGAAUCAAUCUAUUGUCGCUCGACACGUACGAAGCAACUCGUGCGCCUCGCAGGAGUCGGCGGGAAUUGCGCAUGAGUUGCGAAGAGCGUCGGCAGUUACUUUCUGAAGACGGAGUCUCCGAAGGCGAGAUUCGCCGGGCGCAGCGCAAAAUGCAUCGUGCCCGAAGUUGCAGCGCGAAGCUUUGCGAGAAAAUGACCGAGUCUUUCUUUCGUGAUGAGCCAAAACUGAUACAAAGUCAACCUAAUAUGAGAAAGGAGUAGAAUCUGUGCAUAUUCUUCCUCUUUUGGAGCUAUGAAUUUAUUGAACAAAGCAAACAAACGAUAAAUUUUGUUGCACAU